AUGAAGUUCUUUAUUGAUGAUCUACCUAUAAUCUUCCCUUAUGACCGAAUAUAUCCUGAACAAUACGCGUACAUGUGUGACCUGAAACGAACACUCGAUGCCACGGGGCAUUGUUUACUUGAAAUGCCUUCAGGAACAGGCAAAACGGUCUCCCUUCUUUCUCUCAUUGUAUCAUAUCAGCAGUUCUAUCCCACGAAAAGGAAACUUAUAUAUUGCUCGCGGACGGUACCCGAGAUUGAAAAGGCACUGUCAGAGCUCCAACGUCUGAUGGAUUACCGUAGAGAUUGUGCGGAGACAGAUGAGCAGCGCGAGAAGGAGAAGAACUUCUAUGGUAUUGGUCUUACUAGUCGCAAGAACCUAUGCAUACACCCUGAGGUAUCAAAGGAGAAAAAGGGUAAAGUGGUGGAUGCACGAUGUCGAGAUCUUACGAACUCCGCUGUGUGCACGAAAGGCCGCGAGAACCCAGGUUCCGUCGAGCUGUGUGAUUGGCACGAGAACCUUGGGAAGCUUGAGCCGGGUAACCUGAUCCCGCCGGGAAUCUGGACAUUGGCCGAUGUUCUUCAGCAUGGCCGGGAGAACAAGAUCUGUCCCUACUUCCUCGUCCGUCGCAUGAUGCCAUUCGUGGAUGUCAUCAUCUACUCCUUCCAUUAUCUUUUGGACCCAAAGGUAGCUGAACAGGUGUCGAAAGAACUCACCAAGGAUGCAAUUGUGGUCUUCGACGAGGCGCAUAAUAUCGACAACGUCUGCAUAGAAUCCUUGAGCAUUGACUUGACGCGACCUAUGUUAGAUUCCGCAGCGCGCAGCGUCGUGAAACUCGGUGAUAAGAUCGAUGAAAUCAAAAAGACGGAUGCUUCCAAAUUACAAGACGAAUACGCCAAACUGGUCGAGGGUCUGCAAGAGGCCAGCAAUGACGAAGACGCCUUCGUAUCAAAUCCAGUGCUACCAGAAGAUCUCCUCAAAGAAGCAAUACCUGGAAAUAUCCGAAAAGCGGAGCAUUUCGUUGCCUUCCUCAAGCGAUUCGUCGAGUACCUGAAGACGCGAAUGCGUGUCUUGCACGUGGUAGCCGAGACGCCUCUGUCCUUCUUGCAGCAUCUGAAGGACAUAACGUACAUUGAGCGGCGACCACUACGCUUUUGUGCGGAGCGCUUGCAGUCACUUGUGCGGACACUAGAGCUUAGUCGCCUUGAUGAGCUUUCGUCAUUGCAGAAGGUUGCAAGUUUUGCUACCCUCGUUGCGACGUACGAGAAAGGCUUUUUGCUCAUCCUGGAGCCUUUCGAAACCGACAAUGCCACCGUUCCAAACCCUAUUUUUCAUCUUACAUGUCUGGACCCCUCCAUCGCGAUCAAGCCAGUAUUCGAGAGGUUCAGCAGUGUCGUCAUUACGUCUGGAACGCUGUCGCCGCUAGACAUGUACCCUAAGAUGCUGCAAUUCACUCCGGUCGUCCAGGAGACCUACUCAAUGACCCUGACGCGGAACUCGUUCUUACCUCUGGUCAUUACCCGCGGUAGCGACCAGGUGGCCAUCAGUUCCCGGUUCGAAGUCCGGAACGACCCUGCGGUUGUGCGCAACUUCGGUAGCAUCCUCAUCGAAUACUCUAAGAUCGUGCCGGACGGCAUCGUCGCGUUCUUCCCGAGCUACCUCUACAUGGAGAGCAUUGUAGCCGCCUGGAACGACAUGGGUAUAUUGAACGAGGUAUGGAAGCACAAGCUCAUCUUCGUGGAGACGCCAGAUGCGAACGAGACGAGUAUAGCCUUAGAGAAUUACCGGAGGGCGUGUGACAACGGCCGAGGCGCGGUUCUCUUGUCUGUCGCUCGUGGCAAGGUGUCAGAAGGAAUUGACUUCGAUCACAACUACGGACGGGCCGUAAUCAUGUUCGGGGUGCCGUAUCAGUACACCGAGAGCCGGAUCCUCAAGGCGCGUUUGGAGUAUCUUCGUGAUGCGUACCGGAUACGCGAAUCCGAGUUCUUGGGUUUCGACGCAAUGCGGAACGCUGCACAAUGCGUCGGGCGUGUCUUGCGGGGUAAGACAGACUGGGGGUUGAUGGUGUUCGCGGAUAAGCGUUUCGCCCGGGCUGACAAACGGGCCAAGCUGCCCCGGUGGAUCAAUCAAUACAUCACGGAGACGGCCUCCAACCUCUCGACGGACAUGGCGCUCACUUUGUCGAAGCAGUUCAUGCGGAUGAUCUCUCAGAACCCGAACGAAAACCAGACCGGUAUCUCGCUUUGGACGCUCGAGGACAUCGAGAAGGCGCAGGCGAAGCAGAAGGAGCUGGCGCUCCUGCAGGAGGUUGAGCGGCGUGACACGGCGUUGAUGGACGCUGACGAUGACGACGAGUACGGGGAUGGCGGGAUCGAUGACGAGGCGUUGGGAGCGAUAGACCUUGAUGUAUAA